AUGGGCGUCCAAGGCUGCUGCGGCUGCUUCAACUUGCGCGAUGGAAGCAUCGCGAUCGGCGUCACAGUUCUCACGUACUACAUCCUGUCCUUCGUGUUCGGCGUUGGGAUGUGGAUCUUUGCUGCUUCCAAGCACAGCCCGGCGGGCCAGCACAUGCAGCCGUGGGUGAUAGCCGUCGUCACCGCCAUCUUCGCCAUCCACAUCCUCUUCAACAGCCUGUUGGUGCACGGCGCGCGGAAGGGAGUGCGCGGCAUGCUGCUGGCGUGGAUCAUCUACUUCGGCAUUGUCACGGGCUUUCAGAGCGUCUUUGGCGGUAUCAGCGUCUACUACGUGAUCAUCAGUGGCGGCAAUACCAUCCUUGUUCUGUCCAUGAUGGCCGUCCUGGCUGUGCUGGCGGUGUCCUGGUACUGGUUGGCGGUGGUCCUCAGUCACUACCGGGAGAUGAACGACCACAAAGACAUCGUUUGACGCGGGCAGGAAGAC